AUGGAUGUUAGGAACCAGUGCGCCAAAGAUUUCCAGAGCGUGAUGAGUCGCCAGAACUUUGCUCAAGGCAAGGCGGAGACACCGUCGAAGGAGUGUUGCAGUUCGGUUUCGAGCGUAAAAGAAAACGAACCAAAGUGUUUGUAUUAUAUUCUUCAGCAAAGUCAGACAUCCGGGUCUCAAAGUCUCAAGAGCAUGGGUGUCAUGCAAGAUAAGCUUUUCCAACUCCCUUCGGCUUGCAAGUUGAAGAACGCUAGCGUCAGCGAUUGCCCAAUGCCUUCGUCGUCUGGUUCGCAGAGUGGUGAUGAUAACUCCGGCGGGGCGAAGCUUUAA